UCAGUCUUUGCUACAACCCGAGCCCUAAGGUUAAAAUCAGCUAGUGCGGCACAGACAGAUCCCCCCCAACUCUCCCGCUUUGUUUUUGGAAAAACUUGGAGCCCUAGCUCUCCAAUUUCUCAUCGCCACAAUGAAGCUCGUCAGGUUCUUGAUGAAGUUGAACAACGAAACCGUGUCGAUCGAGCUCAAGAACGGCACCGUUGUGAAUGGCACCAUCACAGGUGUAGAUAUCAGUAUGAAUACACAUUUGAAGACGGUGAAACUUACACUCAGGGGGAAGAAUCCAGUGACUCUGGAUCAUCUCAGUGUGAGGGGUAACAAUAUUCGAUACUACAUCCUUCCUGACAGCUUGAAUCUUGAGACUCUGCUGGUCGAAGAGACGCCUAGGGUCAAGCCCAAGAAGCCAACUGCAGGGAGGCCUGUGGGAAGGGGAAGGGGCCGUGGACGUGGACGCGGUCGUGGCCGUGGUGGUCGUUAAAUACGCCACAUUGGUUAAUUUUUGUGGCAAGAACUUGGCCUGCCUGGUUUGUAAACACCUCUGUAGGACGAACUUGUUUGUGAUCUUGGAGACAUGAAAUGAGCGGCACUUUUUCCUGGUUAUGUAAACACCUUUGUAGGAAGUACUUAUCUAUGAUCUUGGAGACAUGAAUGAAGCAUUGCACUGUUAUUCGAUUGUCUAUUCCCAGUGAAAUUCUUAAAAUGGUAUUAUGAACUUGGUAAUCAAUAUGCUUUUGACUUUCUCA